AAAGCCUCAUCUGGAAGCACCCUCCUGUAUCCCAACAAAUGAGAGUUGAAAGGAUGCCAAAGAAGAAGCGGAAAACUGCAGAUGGGCCUGAUACCCAAGGCCAAGAUCAGGCAGAAGAGGAAUCAACAGGACUGUCAAAUGCCGUGCAGAAGCACAGUUUUGUGGAUGCAUGUAUUGUCAUAUCUGACAGUGAUGGAGAGCAAGAGUCAAAAGAGGAGCCUGGUCUGCAGAAGAAAAGAACAAAGCAGCAGCUGGAUAGAGCGAAGUUUGCAGCAAAAAGAAAAAUUGCACAGAUGACAGAAGAUGAGCAGUUUGCCCUGGCUCUGAAAAUGAGUGAGCAAGAAGCCAGACAGUUGAACUCGCAAGAGGAGGAGGAGGAAGAACUCCUGAGAAAGGCCAUUGCUGAGAGCCUCAGUAGCUGCCUGCCUUCUGAGUCUUCUGCUGCAGCUGCUGGGCCUCUUUCUUCCAAGGCACCAGGGUCUCCAGCUGGACAAGAGGAUCCUGAGCUCCUUGCAGCUCGGCUGCUUUGCUCCGAGUCUCCUUGCUCCGAGUGCAGCUCUGUCUCACCCAGCAACAAAGCUGAUGAGAAUGGACAGACAGAUGUCGCCAAGAGGCCCCUUGUAGUACUGACGAGGUUAAGCCAGGAGAUAGUUGAAAGCUCGCUAGUCUCUAGCAUAAUUGUAUCUCCAGGGAAGAGCCAGCCUUAUGCAAGGUCAAAUGAAAACCCUUGCUCACCAGCAGGGAGCAGUUCCAGUGACACGCCACCCAGUCUAGAAGAGGAGAUGCCAGUUACCCUAAGUCCCACCUUUCCCCAAAAGCCUCUGAGCAUUUGGCCGCUGGCACCUCAGAGACUUAUUGUAGGGAGGUGCAGCCCUCCAAAGCCAGUAGGCAAAGAAGUUGAGAAGCAUCCCCCAAAUUACUCGGAAGCAGACACUCUUGUUGGUAGCCCAGAAGCCCAAGGAAAAGUGCCUCAGAAGUGCAGUAUCUUGGACCACUCCAGCAAUUCAGGUUUUGAGCUUGGACAUCAGUUUGAGCCCAGCAAGAGCCCAUGUUUUUCUACUGAGCCUGCAGGAAGGACUGGCAUUCCUGAAAAAGCCCCACCACUCUGCUCACUUCAUAUGGCUAAUGAGGAAUGUCAACAAGAAGAAGAGAGAGACACGGUACACUAUUAUUGGGGUGUUCCAUUCUGCCCCAAAGGAGUGGAUCCUAGCAAAUAUACCCAGAUUAUCAUGUGCCAGUUUGAGGUUUACCAGAAAAGUCUGAAACAGGCUCAGCGGCAGCUCCUGCAGAAGAAACGGUUUGGGGAGCCAGUUGUUCCUGAUUCAUGCUCCUUGAGGAGAAGUAAACGUGGGAAAGGGGAUGAGGCAGUUAGGGAAAGUGAAGGUACAGAUGAACAAGAAGGAGAUGAUACGGAUGAGAAAAAAGAACCUGAGAGCAUAACAUGGCUUCUAUCCCCAACAAACGGAGCGCCUAACCAAAAUCCAGAGCAGAAUGUGGCUGAGGGGGGAAAUGCUGAGUGUGAAGACGAGCCAGCAAGCACUUCUUGUCAGGCAUCCCAGGUGCUGUUUGGAGAAGAUGUGCCAGAAGAAAGGGAGCCCAUGCAGAUUACACAAAGCAUUUCUGCCUUGACCCCCUUGGACAGUAAGAGAAGCCCAGAUAUUGCCAGAGAGAAUCGCGCUGAGGAAGAAAUCACUGUUUGCCCUGAGACCCAGCCGAGUCCAUCACAAGCUAUCGAGCCUGAAAGCGGAGAAAUCCAUUCAUCCAGCAAAGAUGUCUCUCUGCAGGCCGAUGCAGAUGCGGUGGAGAACAUGUCCACACACAGCCCUCCAAGUGAUGACCCCAUGUCGUGCCCACUUUGUGACCGCAGGUUCCCGGUUUCGGAAAUUGAGCUGCACGCCAUGUAUUGUAACGGCACCGGAGAGGACACAAGUGAUGAUGUUCCAGUGAUGACCCGGCGACAGAGAGAAGCCCAGAGUAAACUUACCAAUUGCAAAGAGACGUCAGAAUCUAUUGACAUUAACAAGUACGAGAAGUGUUACCUCUGUAAGUCUCUGGUGCCACCGAAAGAGUAUCAGAGGCAUGUCGAAGGCUGUCUCUGGAGCCGGAGUGCCAACGGAGCCCCGGGGCCCAGGAGGCUGCGGCGUGCAAAGGAGGAGGAAAGAUGUGAAGGCCGACUACUGAGCAUGCUGGAACAAUCUGAACACAAGGCCACAGAUGCAGAAGGGGCUGCCACACCUUCCAGAGGAGAAGACUCAAGGCACAACUCGGCAGAGGUGGACAAAGAGUCUGAGGGCACUCAGGAUGACUGGAGCCCCAUUCCCCAACCAGCUUGCAGUGACUCUCCCAUUCGAUCUUUCACUUCCAUUUCCGAAGCCAAAGACUGCCUCGUGGACUUUAAAAAACAGUUUGCCGUUGGCUCAGGCAGUCGGAAACAAACCAAAGCCAGCCUCAGGAGCAGGAAGAAAUUCUGAGGGUUGCACAGUGGAGAAGGGACCUGAAAAUGAAUUGGAAAGCAAGAUUUUCUUUUCCACUGACCUUGCCUGGCAGAAAGAGCGCAUCUCCCUGGCCAGCUUCCCACCUCCCCUCUUCUGUACAUUUUGUAUGAACCUUACAGAGAUUUGUCAUGAAUGAAUUUGAUCUGUAUACUUUAUAGGUGCCUAGUCAACCUUGCUUUUCAAUUAGAAAAGAAAAUGAAAUAUAUUUAUUAUUAUGUUUUUAUAUUUGCUACUGUUUGGGAUUUUUAAAGUUGUUGUGGAUUUAAAAGGCUACUUUAUAACCUGUGUAUUCACAGACAAAGGAGGUAUAGCCUACAGGUCAGUGUGAGCCAUUUCCCAGUAUACAUUAAACAUUUAAGGCACAAUCCAGCCAAA